AUGGCCGCCUCUUCCCUAGUCCUGGUCUCCCCACGUCCCCGCGACUCCCCCUUCCCCUUCUCCUCCUUCGCCAAGGUCCACGUCUCCCUCUCCACGCUCGAGCCCCUCUUCCACCUGCCCCAGGAGUCUGCCGCAAGGCGCCUGGGCGUCUCGCUCACCAGCCUCAAGGCCGCCUGCCGCAAGAUCGGCAUCAAGCGCUGGCCCUACCGCCGCUGGCCGGAAGCUGACCUAGAGGAUGACCUAGGAGCCCCUGCGCCAUCUCUGACCGCAGCCUCAUCUACCAACACUCUGGUCAUGGAGGCUGCAGUACCGUCUCCCCCCGUGCCGGACGAGACGACUACUACUGAAAGUACCCAUGACCUCACCGAGACCGAGCCGAGAAGCUCUCUAGCCGAGGCACAACCUCCUGCGCCUGUAGCAGAGAGGGAUGACGGAUGGCUGGCUAGCGUGAACGAGCUGGGGGAGGACCAAGAGUGGUUGUCAUGGUACAUGGACUGCGACGCCAGUACCGUCUGA